AUGGCGAGAACCAGAGAAGAGGCAACUUCCGCCUCCACAGAUUCGCCGGCCUCGAGGAGUGGUCGAACCGCCAGGACCAAUGCUGGUGUUCAGAAACCAGUAGCAGCUCCUCGACCACGAGGAAGACCAAAGUCAGAUAAUCCAAAAGUCAAAGUCCCAAGCGGAAGGCCGCGUGGAAGACCGAGACUAGAUAAACCUCCUAAGGUACCCAGUGGACGACCGCGUGGCCGACCCAAGGGCAGUUUCAAGAAGCCAGAGGAUAGGAAAACACCGGCCAAGCCAAAGUCCACGGGGACAGGUAAGCGUGGGCGUCCACGCAAACUCCUCGGGGGAGAAGCAGCCGCAAUGGCACAAGCCGCUGCAGCAGCAAAGGGUUCCAGCAAAGCUACAGGCGAGAAAAGAGGCAGGGGACGGCCACGAAAAGUACCUGUUGAUGCGAGUGCGGUUGCCGAAGCUCAUACGAUUGAGGAGGCUUUAGAUGCGGCAGCGGAUGCUGGAGUUUCUCCAGUGGCGGAGGAAGGAUCUGGUUCGUCAGAGGUGGAAAACGAGGUGGAGGAUGGCGGUGAUUCCGAGGAUGCCGAGGGCGAGGAAGACAGUAAUUCGGGGGUGGCUGAUCCAUCGGAGGGCGAGGGGUCAGGGUCGCAGUGGAUGUCCAAGAUUAAGGGAUACUUUGGGUGA